AUGCAUGUCAAGACAGGAUUAUUAUUGAUUGCCUCGGUAAUUGCUGCUACGGCUUCACGAGGAUGGUGUGGCGAGGUGCCAGCCCAGCGAUCAUACAUGUAUGUGGGAGGUCAAUAUAUUCAGAACAGUGCUGGCGAACAUGUCUUCGCGGAUCAGAUGUACGUGGAAAAGUUGACCCCAGCUGCGGGUGUGACCAAGCCUCAUCCAAUUGUCUUCAUCCAUGGACAAGCUCAAACAGGCACAAAUUGGCUCAACAAGCCUGAUGGAGGGGAAGGCUGGGCCUCUUACUUUCUCUCUCAAGGAUAUGCAUGCUAUAUCAUCGACCAGACCUUCCGCGGCCGCAGUGCCUGGUUCCCUGGUAAUGGGACGUUGAGCACGUAUAGCGCCGAGCUGUUGCAGCAACGCUUCACCGCGCCGCAGCUAUACAACCUCUGGCCUCAGGCGUCCCUACACACCCAAUGGAAUGGAACAGGCGUCAUGGGCGACCCGAUCUUCGACACUUACUAUUCCUCGACGGUCGAGUUUCUCGGUUCAGCAACCUACCAGCAGUCGACCGUUCAGGCCGCCGGCGCCGCCCUGCUCGACACCAUCGGAUCUCCAGUCAUCCUUCUCUCUCACUCCCAGGGCGGAUUGAUGCCCUGGCUCAUUGCGGAUGUGCGCCCGAAGCUCGUCCACUCUAUCGUCUCGAUCGAACCCACCGGCCCUCCUUUCCAGGAGGCCGUGUUCAGCAAUACUUCCGCGCGCACCUACGGGCUCACCGAUAUCCCCCUAACCUACUUUCCCGCCGUGACCAAUCCUCUCGCGGACCUCGUGCAGCAGGUAAUUCCUUCCAACUCAUCACUGCACUCCGACUGCAUAAUCCAGGCCGAUUCCCCCGCACCGAGACAGCUCGUCAAUCUCGCCCAUGUGCCCGUCCUGGUCCUGACAACCGAAUCAUCCUACCAUGCGCCGUACGACUGGUGCACAGUCCAGUUCUUGCAACAAGCAGGUGUGCCGACCCAGCACCUCCAGCUGGCGGAUAUCGGCAUCCAUGGGAAUGGGCAUAUGGUGUUCAUGGAGAAGAAUAGCUUACAAGUUGCGGCUGUUUUGCAGAAGUGGAUGGAGCGAACAUGA